UGAAGAUAGAGGGAGACGUUUUCUAUUCAAUGAGAACGAUACCUGUUGCGCGUUCGGUCCAUAACGCAUCUCGUGCGCAUUUUUGCCCAUUGUGGAACAUACAGAAUCCCAGGGUCAGGCGAAGUUUAGAACUCUUAUAACCUGGCAAUGUGGACGUUUUUGAGAAAAAUGUGGCCGCAUAUUUUUUUUAUUGAAACUGUGAUUGUGCUACUAUGCCAUGUUUAGAAGAGAGGUAUCCAGAGAAAGCUUUCUAGGGGGUAAAGUGCGAUUGCAUUUAGAUUUAUUUUCACAACGUUUAGAUUUUUCUGCUCAUACACACGUCCAUGAUUGGGAAGCUUGUCAGAGUCGGUAAAGAUGGAAAGAUGUGGAGGAGGCAGGAACUGUCAACUGCCCAAUACCACCAGAGGAACUGGAAGAUAGUGCUGUGGGUAGUGGCCUUUCUGCUAACCCUGGUGGAGGGGGUGUUCUCUGAGGAGGACCUCAAGGAGGCCCACACCGAGCAUCUCCGAGCCCAGGAGAGGACCACCGCUGCUGGGGCCUGGCUCCCAGACCACUACCCAGAGGUCCACGAGCUGGGAGAGAGCAGGCACGGCCAUGGCCAGGCCUCCUGGCCCAGUUUGUUUGAGAACCGCAGUCUGGUGAAUGAUGGAGAGAGCUACCCGGGCAGGUGGCAACGUUCGCUCCCAGACCCCUCCCGAAGAGGCUCCCGCAAGAAGCCCAAGAACAGCAGCCGGGACUGCCGCAUGGAGAAGAAGGAGAUGCGUGUCAGAGACCUGGGCCUGGGCUUUGACUCCGACGAGAUCGUCCUGUUUAAGUACUGUAUGGGGACGUGUUUGAGCUCCCGUAAGAACUACGACUUGGCCCUCAAGGCCCUGACAGAGAAUGGAAGUAUCUCCAGCAGGAAAGUGAGUGCCCACCCAUGCUGUAGGCCCACCCGCUACGAGACUGUCUCCUUCAUGGAUGCCCAGACUAUAUGGCAAACCAUCAAGUGGCUGUCCGCAGCUAACUGUAGCUGUGUGGGGUGAUGGGCAGAGAGUAAGAAGAAGACUACUUGCAGAACACACAUGCAUAAAGAAGCUUUAGGGUGAAGAAAAGAAGAGUCUGAGAUGCCUUCACUGUGCGCGUGUUGGGUAAAAAGGCUAGAUCAGAGCCUGGAUCGAAGCCAUGGCCCAAAAGUUGGGUCUCCUCCUGACGUGGAUCUACUUUGGAUUAACCCGGAUUCUCAGGUCGGGAAACAGCACGGAUGCAGAAUAGAAAUACACCCUGCCCUUGAGCAUGGCAGUUAGCCCUCGACAAUAACUGCUCCCCGGAUGCCGAUGACAUGGAUAUCAAUUUAAGGCAGCCCCCUGCACCUCUCUGAUUCAGAGGGGUUGGGUUAAAUGCGGAAGACACAUUUCGGUUGAAUGCAUUCAGUUGUGCAACUGACUAGGUAUCCCCCUUUCCCUUGCCCUUCCCUGUCAAUCCCUAUGUCCAACAGAGGAGAUGCAUCCUCAGUCAGAGCCCAGGAGUCGCAGCUCUGGAGACUGGAGAGGACGGAGCUCCUUGGCAGGGACUGGAGAGGUUAGGAGUAGUUAGAGCCAUGUGUUUAGAGAGUUAGGCCAACUUUUAGAAUGUUGAAUAUUGUUAUAAUUCUAGACAUUACGUUACAUAGCAAUGUUUAAAUAUUCCCCAUGUAAUGUUAAUGUGGCACUAACAUGGCUGCCAUAUAAUGUUGAAGUGUCAUGUAAAUGAAGCAAAAUGCAGAAACCACAUUGGCCCAACUCUCUAAAUACAUGGCUCUGGGAGUAGUUGUCUUCCACCCUAAGACUUGCUCCCUGUGCUGACGGCAAAAUGCCCCAUAAGAAGGUGGACUUCACUUGUUGUCUGCCCUCAUCUGCAUUUUGUUACAUCUAAAAAGAGGAGAGGAUGAAGCAAAAGUAUUGGACCAUUGGACCAUAACUCUAAACCAGAAGAGAAGCAUUGUGGGUUACAGGGCAACUGACUGUAUAAGAAGUGAGAAGUGAAGUUGUUUGGUUUCGAAGGCUCUCUAAUAAGACCAAAAUGACGUCUAUGCAUUUUUAUGUUUACUGCUUCGUUGGCUGCUCAUUCAUGUCAUAGCAAGGUAGAUUUGAGCAAAUUGUAGAUUAAAAAACAACAACAAUAUAAUCCCAUCUCCCACUGCCUCUAUACACAGGCUAUGGGAAUGAAAUUACAUAGACAUACACCAUGGUAUUCAGUUGAUUCCAGUCACUAAGCACAAAUCUACUCUUACUUGACUAACUCUGAACUCAUGCAUGCCUUGAGAACAAUACCAAAAUUGUAUCAACUGUACCUACCUAGAUUAAGACUUGCAGUUGUUGAGGCACUUGUUUGUAGCUUGGCCCAACUUGUUUACUGUACAUGUCUAUAAACAGUGUGUUGUAGGAUGCCAUCACAGGGCCAAGGUCAGUCAUGGCCCAGCCAUACCUCAUGCUGCCUGACACACAUGGUUUAUUUUCAGCUCUGAAUGUGCACAUCACUGAAGUCAACUAAAGGUUUUGGAUUGCAAAGAAAAUUGAGCAUAUUGCCAACUGUUAUUCUGAAUGUGCUUAUAAUACUUUUUUUAUUGUGAUAUAUAUCCUCUCUCAUAUCAUAUUGUUUAUCUAUGUGAUGGACAAAGAUAACUCUUAAUUUACACCACUCUGUUGCAGCUGUGUUAAAGAACAUUUGAAUUGACUACAUAAAUACAUAUUGUCUUCUGAUUGGCUGCCUCUCCACACCUGACCAAUGAAAUGGAGACUUAUGGUAGAGAGAAUAAAUCACCAUGUAGAUACGGUAUAUACAAACAAGGCAAAGGUUUGCGUAGUAAUGUAUCACACAUAUUGUAUUAUACUGUUGAUUUAUAUCAAGUGGUGUUACAUUUUUUUAAGUGAAGCAUUUCUGUUCAACUGUUGGAGCUUGUAGAGUAGGUUUCCGUAAAGUAAGGUUAUAUUUUAAUCUGUGUGUAAUAUAACAAUGUGUACAUUGCAUAGUUCUGCACCAUUCUCUCAGGACCAUGCUUCAUGAUGUUAUUCAUUGUCUCAAUCUUUGUGUUUUUUACACAGAUCCCAUCACCAACUGUACUACAGUAAAACCAAAGCAUGUACUGAGAGAGAUGUCCAUGCUAUUUUAACAAUGUGCUUCAACCAUAUCACGUGCAGAGACUUUGUGUUUUCUCAUUGUUCACAGCACUAUAUUUAUGGACUGGCAAAGUGAUGAACAAAGAAGUUUACCCGUCUCUAUUCUGCCUUCAGUUCAUGUCUGGUUUGUGGUUAUAUGAAGCUGCAGCAUCUGGUGUGUGUUCGAUCUGCAAAUAUGUCAAAUCAAAUGAAAUUGUAUUAGUCACAUGAGCCGAAUACAACAAGUAGACCUUACACUGAAAUGCUUACUUACAAGCCCCUAACCAACAAUGCAGUUAAAAAAAAUAAGAAUAAGAAAUAAAAGUAACAAGUAAUUAAAGGUCAGCAGUAAAAUAACAAUAGCGAGACAAUAUACUAGAGUCAAUGUGCGGGGGCACUGGUUAUUCGAGGUAAUUGAGGUAAUAUGUACAUGUAGGUAAAGUUAUUAAAGUGACUAUGCAUAGAUGAUAACAACAGAGAGUAGCAGCGGUGUAAAAGGGGGGAAAUGUAAAUAGUCUGGGUAGGCAUUUGAUUAGAUGUUCAGGAGUCUUAUGGCUUGGGGUAGAAGCUGUUCAGAAGCCUCUUGGACCUAGACUUGAUGCUCCGGUACCGCUUGCCGUGCGGUAGCAGAGAGAACAGUCUAUGACGAGGGUGGCUGGAGUCUUUGACAAUUUUUAGGGCCUUCCUCUGACACCGCCUGGUAUAGAGGUCCUGGAUGGCAGCAAGCUUGGCCACAGUGAUGUACGGGGCAACACGCAGUACCCUCUGUAGUGCGUUGCAGUUGGAGGCUGAGCAGUUACCAUACCAGGCAGUGAUGCAACCAGUCAGGAUGCUCUCGAUGGUGCAGCUGUAGGACCUUUUGAGGAUCUCAGGACCCAUGCCAAAUCUUUUUAGUCUCCUGAGGGGAAAUGGUUUUGUCAUGCCCUCUCCACGUCUGUCUUGGUGUGCUUGGACCAUGUUAGUUUGCUGGUGAUGUGGACACCAAGGAACUUUUAGCUCUCAACCUGCUUCACUACAGCCCCGUCGAUGAGAAUGGGGGCGUGCUCGGUCCUCUUUUUCCUGUAUUCUACAAUCAUCUCCUCUGUCUUGAUCACGAGAGGGAGAGGUUGUUAUCCUGGCACCACCCGGCCAGGUCUCUGACCUCCUCCCCAUAGGCUGUCUCGUCGUUGUCUGUGAUUAGGCCUACCACUGUUGUGUCAUCGACAAACUUAAUGAUGGUGUUGGAAUCGUGCCUGGCCGUGCAGUCAUGAGUGAACAGGGAGUAGAGGAGGGGACUGAGCACGCACCCCUGAGGGGCCCCUGUGUUGAGGAUCAGCGUGGCGGAUGUUGUUACCUACCCUUACUACCUGGGGGCGGCCCGUCAGGAUGUCCAGGAUCCAGUUGCAGAGGGAGGUGUUUAGUCCCAGGGUCCUUAGCUUAUUGAUGUGCUUUGAGGGCACUAUGGUUUUGAAUGCUGAGCUGUCGUCAAUGAAUAUCAUUCUCACAUAGGUGUUCCUUUUGUUGAGGUGGGAAAGGGCAGUGUGGAGUGCGAUUGAGAUGGCAUCAUCUGUGGAUCUAUAAAGGCGGUAUGCAAAUUGGAGUGGGUCUAGGGUUUCUGGGAUAAUGGUGUUGAUGUGAGCCAUGACUAGCCUUUCAAAACACUUCAUGGCUACGGGAGUGAGUGCUAUGGGUUGGUAGACAUUUCAGCAGGUUACUGUAGUGUUCUUGGGCACAGGGACUAUGGUGGUCUGCUUAAAACAUGUUGGUAUUACAGACUCAGACAGGGAGAGGUUGAAAAUGUCAGUGAAGAUACUGGCCAGUUGGUCAGUGCAUGCUCACAGUACAUGUCCUGGCAAUACGCCUGGCCCUGCGGCCUUGUGAAAGUUGACCUGUUUAAAGGUCUUGCUCACAUCGGCUGUGGAGAGCGUGAUCACAGAGUCUUCCGGAACAUCUAGUGCUCUCAUGCAUGUUUCAGUUUUAUUUGCCUCGACGCGAGCACAGAAAUAGUGUAGCUUGUCUGGUAGGCUCGUGUCACUGGGCAGCUCUCGGCUGUGCUUCCCUUUGUAGUCUGUAAUGGUUUGCAAGCCCUGCGACAUCCGACGAGCAUCAGAGCCAGUGUAGUACGAUUCAAUCUUAGUCCUGUAUUGACACUUAGCCUGUUUGAUGGUUAGUCGGAGGGCGUAGCGGGAUUUCUUAUAAGCUAACAGGUUAGAGUCCCGCUCCUUGAAAGCGGCUGCUCUAGCCUUUAUCUCAGUGCGGAUGUUGCUUGUAAACCAUGGGUUCUGGUUAAAGUAUGUACGUACGGUCACUGUGGAGACAACGUCAUCGAUGCACUUAUUGAUGAAGCCAAUGACUGAUGUGGUGUACUCCUCAAUGCCAUCAGAGGAAUCUCUGAACAUAUUCCAGUUUGUGCUAGCGAAACAGUACUGUAGCUUAGCAUCUGCUUCAUCUGACCAUUUUUUUAUUGUCACUGGUGCUUCCUGCUUUAAUUUUUGCUUGUAAGCAGGAAUCAGGAGGAUAGAAUUUUGGUCAGAUUUGCCAAAUAGAGGGUGAAGGAGAGCUUUGUAUGUGUCUCUGUUAGUGGGGUAAAGGUGGUCCAGAGUUUUUUUUCCCUCUGGUUGCACAUUUAACAUGCUGAUAGAAAUUUGGUAAGACCGAUUUAAGUUUCUCUGCAUUAUCCUUUUCACCCACGGGUGUGAUCAUUCUACUGUGGUCCCCGUAGCACACGAUCAACCCGGUGUGAUUAGAACGCUUAUUUAGAACACCUAUUUAGAACGGCCAGUUUCGAAUGACGCAACAAUCAGUAUUUGAGCUGACCACACUUUUUUCAGAAACAUUUUGCACAAACACAAUCCUUACAAAGUUAUGUCCAGAAUGUGAGCAGUUUAUUUUUGUAUGCAAUGUUCAGACAUUCACAGAAGUAUAUACAGCAUAACACAAUCAUCCAAACCGGAAAAAUGUAGGCUACAUUUUUCCUAGCGCUAACCGAGGAAAGAUUGACAUAACACAAGCGGUCAUGAAUUAGCUAAUAGAAAUUACUUUUUAUAAUUAAUCACAUCACGAGUGAACUCACCAUUGAUUGAAAUAUUUGAGUAAAACACUCUCUAGAAAUGGAAAGACGAUGGGUAGAUUCUUGUGUGCGCUGCCAUGCUUUUCAUUCCUCACAGAAACCAAAGAUAAUAAGAGGAGACAAGAUGAGUCUGGUCUGUUUAUAGUGAGCCCUUACACAUCUCAUUUUGUUAUAACAUCUUUGGUCCAACAGAGGAUUACGUGAAACCCAGAAUGCAUUGUUUGUCAACAAACAUGGCUACACACAGCUGGAAUUAGCAUAGCACAUCAUAAUCUGUACAACCUUCAACAAACUAUUUUACAUACAUAAUAUGUGUCAAUGACAAUGAUAAAAACUUGUUGGAAAAUCAUUUGAAGUCAUUUGAAGUUCAAAACAGCCUACAAAUAAAAACAGGCUGUGCCUUGGUUUGAGGGCAGCACAGAUUUAAUGUACUGUUGCGUAACAAUCAUAUUCCGGAAUGGAGAGAACGUUCUAACAACACGUGCAUAACAAAACUCAUGCUGGGGCGACCGUUACAGAUAUUUGGAACUCACGCAUGAAAGGGUUAAUGUCCCCGGCCACUAGGAGCAUCGCCUCUGGGUGAGCAUUUUCCUGUUUGCUUAUGGCGGAAUACAGCUCAUUGAGUGCGGUCUUAGUGGCAAUAUCAGGCUGUGGUUGUAUGUAGAUAGCUACGAAAAAUACAGAUGAAAACUCUUUAGGUAGAUAUUGUGGUCUACCGCUUAUCAUGAGAUACUCUACCUCAGGCAAGCAAAACCUCGAGACUUCCAUAGAUAUCGUGCACCAGCUGUUAUUACAAAAAUACAUAGUCAGCCCCCCUUGACUUACCAGACGCUGCUCAUCUAUCCUGCCGAUAAAGCGUAUAACCAGCCAGCUGAAUGUUGAUAAUGUCAUCAUUCAGCCACGACUCUGUGAAGCAUAAGAUAUUAUAGUUUUGAAUGUCCAGUUGGUAGUUUAAUCUUUUACGUAGGUCAUCGAUGUAUUUUUUCAAAGUGUGCACGUUUGCUUGUAGAAUGGAAGGCAGUGGUGAUUUAUUCAUUCACCUAUGAAUUAUCAGAAGGUAGCCCGCCCUCCGGCCCCUUUUUCUCAGCCUUCUCUUCGCGCAGUUGAUGGGGAUCUGGGCCUGUUCCUGGGAAAGCAGUAUGUCAUUCACGUUGGGCUCGUCGGACUCGUGAAAGGGAAAAAAGGAUUCUGCCAGUUCGUGUUGAGUAAUCGCAGUUCUGAUGUACAGAAGUUAGUUUUGGUCAUAAGAGACGGUAGUACAAAUGUAUUAUUAUGUACAAAAUAGGUUAAAAAAUAAGUUACAAACAACGAAAAGAAACGAACAAAAAAACUCAAUUGGAUAGGAACACGUAAAACGUCAGCCUUCUUCUCCGGGGCCAUCUUGGCUUUCUUUGCUUUCACUCACUGAUUAAGUCCAAACUGAACUCUCUGUUAGAUGCUAUGCAUCUCAUUAUCACCUUACUGUACAUUAGGGAAAUUAUUUAUUACAUAAAAAGUAUUUAUUUAUUGUAUUUCAUGUUAUACACUUACAAAUAUCAGAUAUUUAUUAUUUAUGAAAGGGCCAUGUAUGCUUUUUUAAAUGUUACCUUUGUUUUCUCUGUGAAAAAGCAAGAAUGUUUCCAAGCAAGUCACACACGCACACGCAUGGACAAACAUGCAUACACACACAGAGAGGUAUAUCCACUAACUGUUUAUAUGAGAGAUGAGAGAUGAGUGCCAGUCUCUGGCACAGUAUCAGAGACCAAACAUGUCUGUUCCCUUUAGAUGUAGCUCUAAACCCUAAUUUAUACCUUACACAAGUACACAAUGCAAGAGCUACGAUUAGCUGUGCAAAAUGGCGAUCCUGCGUGGUUGCGUAGAAAAAUUAUCUAAACGUGUGCAGACCCACAACUCAAAGCUAAUAUAUAUGAUUGCCUCCUGCGUAGAAAAUUGCAUUCUUGCGUUUCAUACUUGUGUCGGGUUUAUGUUGUUUUUAUGUUGUUGUUAUUGAUGUUACUGUUAUGUCUAAAAGGUCAUAUGGACACUAUUUU